GCAUAAGUUUUGGCGUAUCGAGACGUUUAAACAGCAUUUUUUCUUAAUUUGUAUUUAUGCUGAAAUUCUACCGUCUCCACAAUUUUUUAUGCAAUAUUUUUGAAGAUUGCAUUUCCAAGAAUAGCACUGGAAGUGCUUUGCAGUUUCCGUGUUUUUGCUUAGAAGUACGCUGAAAUUGUAGUAGGUUAAAAAAUAUUUGUGCAAUAUUAGCUAUCGUUUUUGUGAAGGUAGCAUUUUUUAGAACGGGACAGGAAAUCCUUACCGCAGUGUGCAUGUUAACCAUAAAAAUACAGAAUUUGUUUCAGCAUUCUGCUAUCGGGGUAGAAAUUGUUGUCUUUUCUUUUUUUUGGCCUAAAAGUCUCUUUCACUCGUUGUAUAUGAUAAAAUUCCGGUUCUCAGCAUUUUGUGAUGAAAAUUUGACUUCUAAUUUGCAUUUUCGACAUCUGGUUUGUUUUAAAUGCUAUAUGGGCAAUUUAUAAAAAUAAAUUUGAAGUGCGGAAUUUUACCUCAAUUAAUUCAAGUUUUGUAAGCCUUUCCUGUCCAAAUUCUUAUUGCCGUAUCCAGUUAUUUUCCACGGUCGGGAAUGACGUUAUUUUAAUGGCGCAUUUCUGGCUCUUCACAGAAUUUUGAAAAAUCGCUGGAUAUUUUUGAAAAAAUCCAGUUCUUUUUUCUCCUUGAAACCCUAAGAUGAUGACAUAUGCGGAUGAAGAGCAAAUCGAAGAUUAUCUUUUCAAAAUCGUGUUAAUAGGCGACUCUGCCGUUGGAAAAUCGAAUCUGCUGGCGAGAUAUGCACGGAACGAGUUUUAUCCCAACUCAAAAUCGACGAUCGGCGUGGAGUUUCAGACGCAGACCAUGGGAAUCGAUGGCAAAGAGAUCAAAGCGCAGAUCUGGGACACGGCAGGCCAGGAGCGCUUCAGAGCUGUUACCUCCGCGUAUUACAGAGGAGCUGUGGGAGCGCUAGUUGUCUACGACAUCAGCCGCCGUCAAACUUUCGAAAAUAUAUCUCGGUGGCUUGAUGAACUUCACACCUACUCCGACAUGAGUGUGGUUACAGUACUGGUUGGCAACAAAUCCGACCUUAAAGAUGUCAGAGAGGUUUCAGUAGAAGAGGGGACUGCAUUUGCAGAGUCUCGAAAUUUGUGCUUCAUAGAGACUUCUGCCCUGGAUUCUACAAAUGUCCAAUUAGCUUUCCAAACUCUUGUUAAAGAGAUCUACAAUGUUCUCAGCAGAAAAGUAUUCUUCUACCAGGAACAGAAACCGGAUGCAAAAUUAAUUAAUGGGAAAACAGUUGUUUUGCAGGAAAAAGAUAUUGAAUCUGAAGAAAAACCAACAAGAAAAGCCUGGUGUUGUUCUGGAUAGGUGCAUUCAUACUAAAAGGAGGGAGAAGUUUUCUGCAUUAUGUGACUGCCUUGUUCCACUGUUAGGAAUUUCAUUCAGUUUGAAGCAUUGUAUAUUCUUGCUCUGACGCUUGCUUUACAGCAAGAUGAGAGUCUUUUAUUAGUCUGGCUUGAAAGUGUCAGACGAUGCCUAAUCACAGUGGUAACGUUGGCAUCUAGCCAUAUUUUGUCUUCAUUUGAACAAUUUGAAUUUAUAUUCUGUUUUUUAUCACUUUGGACCCCAAUUGCGUUCCAGUAAUCGAGAUAAUUAUGCACCUGUGUCAUCAAGAUUAGAUAUGUUGCUGGGUUUUGUUGAGGAGAUGUGAGUACCUCUUACCUCUAGCAACAGUGGGCAAUCUAGAUUCAACUGUUGAGGUGUUAUCUGUUAUAAAACUUCUGCCAUGAAGCUAUUAGCUAUCCAGCAGCACAGCGGCAGGCAAAAUGUAUUUGAUACUAUAGAAGUUGGAGUUAUAGAGUAUCUGUAUCAUUUGUUA